UACGUAUCAUGCUAAUCAAAGCCUCUCUCUCUCGCUCUCUUUCUCUCUCUCAUCCAUUUUUGUUCUUACAGACAUUAAUACUAAUCUUUUGCGGUUCUGUCCCAAUUUGCGUUGUUCAACACAAACCAAACCACCGUGCUCGCUCAAUCAUCGUAAUUCGCUCUUUCUUGGUCAAUUCAUAUCUCUAGCAAUUUUUUGCAAAUUGUAUUGAUUUGAUCUGAUGAUUGGAUCCAAUUCAGAAUCCAUGGCGGUUGGCGAUAGUACUAGCUUAGACUUGUCUCAUCAUCCUAUGGAAGAUUCUGGAAAAACAAUAAAAGUUUCUCUUCUAUGGAAAGGAAACAAUUACUCUGUUGAGAUCGAUUCUGGAGCUUCCCUCAAAGAUUUAGGUUACGAAUUGAGAAAGCUAACAGGCGUUACUGCCGAGACGCUUCGUUUGAUUGUUCCGAGGUUGAAUGGAAAAGGAUCAAUUUUGAUGUUACCCUUCUCUGAUGACCACUCCAGCUUGAGCUUGCAGGAAUCAAACAUUGUUGAGGUGAAGACUAUAAGAAUGAUGGGAGUAUCUGAAGAAGAGGUCGAAGGCGUUCGAAAAGAGGCAAUGCCUGACAUGAGGACACUUGGAUUUGAGGAAGAGGAGAGAAGGCUUAGGCAAAAGAAGUCGUAUGUUUCAAGCGCUUCGAUCAAGCUUCCACAAGGGACUUACAUCUUUUGUGAUUUCCGCACUCUUCAGCUCCCGGGUAUAGAGUUAAACCCUCCCGCUUCUGCUGCUUUAAAGAGAAUGCACAUGCUUGCAGCAGACCCUGGUAUUAUCGCUAUUAUGAACAAGCAUCGUUGGAGAGUAGGGAUUAUGACUGAACUUGCACCAGUUGGUUAUGUUGGUGUUAGUCCGCGAUGCCUUCUGGGAUUUAACAAGAAUCAAGGAGAGGAGAUCUCUCUACGCCUCCGGACUGAUGAUCUCAAGGGAUUUAGAAAGUAUCAGAGCAUAAAAAAGACUCUAUUGCAUGAGCUUGCUCACAUGGUAUACACGGAGCAUGAUGAAAACUUUUAUGCUCUUGAUAGACAGUUGAACAAAGAAGCUGAAAGCUUAGAUUGGACCAAAUCAAGAGGUCACACUUUGAAUGGAACAAAAUUUAUCAAUGAGGAUGAUGAGGAAGACUUCUUCUUCGACGAAAAUGAAAAUUUUUCGCAGAGGCUUGGUGGAAACCAGUCCGAUAAUCUUGGAAAUGCUCGUGAAUCGUCUGUUGCAGCUGCAGUUGAGAUCCUUUCCGUCGUUGGCUUUGUCGAAGAGAUGGUAUCGGAAGGCACAGGAGCACAAGAACCAUAUUUGGUACUUAAACGAAAUGACCCAGGGCUCUUGUGGAUUGCCAAGUCCAUGAUUGAAGAAUCACACUCCACAAGUUCCAGCUAAAUAAUACGACAUUUUCUCUGUAAACUGUACCAUAAAACUAUGAUUUGAGACCGAGUAUGUAAAGAUUGUUACUGUUACACUCUAUGUAGAAGCAUUUCUUCUAGAUAGGAGUGUGUGAAACUGUUGAUUGUAAAGCAAAACAUGAUAUGAAUAGGACUAAUAGAGAGAUGGCUUAAGAAGAGAUAUGAAAGUAUGAAACAAAUGCAUUUCCGACU